CGUCAUGAAACUGGAUGGUUUGUCGAAACUGUUGGAAUCCGAGUGCAAUUCCUGAGCGCUUUUUAAACAGAUGCAUGAUCGCUUUGGAGCGACUUAAUUCUCGUAUCAAGUACUCGAGCACACGCUUACAUUGCACUCGCCGGACAGAGAUCUACAUAAAUGCAAAUCCAAGGCUAGCGAACCAGACAGCGGAUCGGAUGCAUGGCUUUUAACUGACAACGAGACGUCAGAAGUGUUGCGGGUCUGAUGUCCGGCCGCAGCCAUGUUCACGAAGAAGAAGAAGCAUCGCAUCCAGAUCUCGGCGCCGUCCAACUUCGAGCACCGCGUGCACACGGACUUCGACCAGCACGAGCAGAAGUUCGUGGGGCUGCCGCGGCAAUGGCAGAGCCUGAUCGAGGAGUCGGCCAAGCGCCCCAAACCGCUCAUCGACGCCUCCUGCAUCACUGCUGUGGAGCCCCGCAAGGCGAUCGUUCGCGGCAGUAAGAUCUCAGUGGACGGCGCAUCCCUCACAUGGCUGCUGGACGAAUUCGAGACCAUGUCUGUGACUCGCUCCAACUCUCUCCGUCGGGACAGCCCCCCUUCCCAGCCCCGCCGGGACUCCACCCCCUCAGGGGGGCUCGAAAACGGGGAGGCAGCCAGAUCUAGACACUCUGGAGGAGGGGAGAGGCAAGGACAGGGAGGCAGGGAAGAUCCAGACAGGAGACCUUCCAGGAUGCAGCAGCAGCCCAGAGGGCAGGAGCCCAGCCGAAACAGGGACAGACCACCACCCCCUCCUUCCAGAAGAGAACCGAGCCAGAGGCAGGACCGGGACGGGGGGAAUCCCCAACAGAGCCAGCCACGGGAGGACAGGGUGGUGAGGAGGGACCCCGGCCAGGAGAGGAGGCCCAAGUCUAGCUACACUGGCACAAGCACCAGCCCUCAGUCCCCCCGGGACAAGCGCCCACUCUCUGGCACGGACGGGGUGAUCAAGACAGGGCAGCCGACAGGGAGACCCUUCAAUACAUACCCCCGAGCAGAGACCGACGCAGGGAGGGGCGCGGGCACACAGCCCAGCAGCAAACCCCACGAAGCCCCUUCUCACAACGGGCCCUCCAGCCACGCCAAGGACCACGGGGGCCACAGCAAACCCAGCACAGGCAGCAGAGGAAGAGCAGGUAGCGGGGGAAGCGUCGGGGGCAAAAUGCCCCAGGGGCAACUGCGGGCGACCCCACCCGACCACCAUUCCUCCCACCCAGGCCUGGGUCCGCAGCCCUCCACUCCCACCUGGGGGGGGAGGAGGAGAAGGAGUCUGGGUCAGAGGGGUCUAAGCGCGGAGGGGGGGGGAGGAGGAGGGUCCGGGGGACUCCACACCCGCCCCCCCGGCCAGGAGCCCCAGCGCGUCUCUCAUGAGCAGUUCAGGGCAGCCCUCCAGAUGGUGGUGGAUCCAGGGGACCCCCGAACGUACCUGGACCACUACAUCAAGAUCGGGGAGGGCUCCACGGGGAUCGUGUGCAUCGCCACGGUCAAGACCAACGGCAAGCUGGUGGCCGUCAAGAAGAUGGACCUUCGCAAGCAGCAGAGGAGGGAGCUGCUUUUCAAUGAGGUGGUUAUAAUGAGGGACUAUCACCAUGAGAAUGUGGUUGAGAUGUACAACAGCUACCUGGUUGAAGACGAGCUCUGGGUGGUCAUGGAGUUUCUGGAGGGUGGGGCCUUGACGGACAUCGUCACGCACACCAGGAUGAACGAGGAGCAGAUCGCCACGGUCUGUCUGUCUGUCCUGAAGGGCCUGUCUGUCCUUCACACGCAGGGCGUGAUCCACAGAGACAUCAAGAGUGACUCCAUCCUCCUCACACACGACGGCAGGGUGAAGCUGUCUGAUUUCGGUUUCUGCGCCCAGGUCUCUAAAGAGGUGCAGAGGAGGAAGUCUUUGGUCGGGACCCCGUACUGGAUGGCUCCAGAACUCAUCUCCAGGCUGCCGUAUGGUCCCGAGGUGGAUAUCUGGUCCCUGGGGGUGAUGGUAAUCGAGAUGGUGGACGGGGAGCCCCCCUAUUUCAACGAGCCCCCCCUCAAGGCCAUGAAGAUGAUCCGCGACAACCUGCCCCCCAAACUGAAAAACCUACACAAGGUCUCACCUUUGCUCAAAGGCUUCUUGGACAAAUUGCUGGUUCGAGACCCCACCCAGAGAGCCACAGCCAAUGAGCUGCUGAAGCACCCGUUCCUGUCCAAGGCGGGCCCGCCUUCCUGCAUCGUCCCACUAAUGAGGCAGAACCGCCAGUGAGAGGGGCGGAGCUUGGUGUGACAUCACUGACCUCGCUGUGAGGCGACGGGGCUGCCUCGAAACUGCCAGACGCACGUGGGAAGGUGCCAAAAUGAACGGGGGGGGGGGGGGGGGGGGGUAUACAAAUAUAUAAGACUCUGGUUUUUUUUAUAAUUCGUGCUGACCGGUCCACACAACGUUUUUUUUUUUUUUUUUUUUUUUUUUUUUUUAAAUCUCUGCUGAGAAUUGACCUCUGAACUUUGCAAUGAAUUUUUGUGACUGCUGUCCAUCUGUCUAUCCCAUAAUACAUGGACUGGAAGAGAAAUGAAAGAGCUACAUUGGAGCGGUCCAGCGUGGGUCUUUGUCACACCUGGGAUCCCCACUGAAACAUUAACAAGCAAAAAGGAAGCCUUCCUUUGCCACACACGUGUUCACUACGUCUGACCAGGAAAGCUACAGAACUCUCUCGUCAUUAAAAACGACACGGUGCUCUUUACUGUAAUGACAGCUGGAUACACCUCUUGAGGGAUUUACAC